AGAAGCUCAACCAGCGAAGACGUAGACAGUCGAGCUCAGAAUUUCAAAGUGAUCAGACGUACACUUGAGCUUUUGCUUUUGCAAAGUAUCUAUUCGAAUAGUCUCGAAAUCGUUACCACAUACAGUUAUUAGUUAUAAAUAAAAUUUUCAACUAUUUGCUAUUAUUAUUAUUAUUAGUGAUAUUAAUUAUCAAUUGAAAAUGCAGACUGUCAAGGUUCGAACUAGUGAUGAAAAAAUACUCGAGAUUGAUGAAAAAAUUGCAAUGAUGUCAAAUACCAUAAAAAAGACGAUAGUAACUCGUGAUUCCGAGAUGAACGGAAGCAAAUCAGACGACGACGAAGUGAUUCCUUUGCCCGACGUUACGGCUGCUGAGCUGGAGAAAUUACUCCCGUGGCUUGAACACCACAAGGAUGAUCCACCGGUAUCUCCAAAUAAAGUUAGACCAGCAGAUAUAAACAACAUCAGCGAGUGGGAUAAGGAAUAUUUCAACAAAUAUACUUUGAUUCAACUUUUCGCAAAUAUUAAUGCUGCUAAUAACCUCGAUAUCAAAGGAUACCUGGAGAGCUCAUCCAAACUACUUGCCCAAAUGAUUGUCGGAAAAACACCUAAAGAUAUCCAACAAAUUUUCAACGUUCGUCCACGCAAGGACCCUGUUGCUGUUGAUGAUGAUAAGUCAACCAGUAAUCCUGAAGUCGGCAGUCCUGAAGAAAGUAAAUAACUUCAGCAAAUUUUGAAUUUAGUUUCUUCCUACAUUUUAUAAUUUGAAUUCGAUUGAACAUUUUUGUUAAUUUCAUUACAUCAAAUUCAUCUUAAUUGCAAUAUCUACAGAAUGUAUCAUAAAAAAAAUUAAUUUCUCUAUUUGUAUGGACAGUUUAUAAUAAUUAGUUAGGAUGAUAACGGAAGAAAUUAUAAUAAUAUUAAUAGUUUAAAAAUUUAAGAUUCAAAGUGUAUAUAGUUGCAUUAAAAUUUUUGCUUGUAAUU